AUGGGAGAGAUGAUGUCCAGUAGCAAAGCGGAUGAGAACGAGGCGUCUCCCCCACCCCCGAUUAAAGCGGGAAUGUUCAGUGGCGAUCCCUUUUACCAGUACAAACCGAAACACCCGGCGGACGUUAAUCUCUUAGCCACGUCUAACGUAAGAUUCUCUCCGAGCGGAGUGCAUCGGUACAGCCCUUACUACGAUCCCAUAUAUUCCCGACCGUUAAUCGGCUACAACAAACCGAUCGCAACGGAGCCGCAAUACGAAACCGUUGGCUCCUACUCGACGAAUGCCUUAUCGAAGAAUCGAAAACCGAAACCGUUCAGCGUAAUGCUCGACAUUUAUCCCAUUACCGACCUUAUGGAGCAGAAUAAGAAAACGAUGUGGACCAGACCGCAAGCACCCACGGACGAUUACGAUCUCAGGAGGCCUGUCCAAUUUCGCGGACAAAAAUUUUAUCCGUCAUCUCCGCAACCUAUACCCCUCAUGGCUGUACCUAGUGCUAUGCCCAUAUCGGAAGAGGAGGAGAGGCAGCAAAUGGUACUGCAUCUAAACUUGUACCCUCGAAAGAAAAAUAAGCUUAACAGGAACGAUAUCAUACACAGAUCGGAAUCGAUGGAGCCCGAGGAGAGGCAGGAAUUUGCGAAGAAGAUCAUGUCCCCCUUGGAAUCGAUCACCAAACAUUUGACUGAUCAUUCCGCAAUCGAGGAGUCGAAGUUUAUGGAUAAUCAAAACUCAGGAACGACUAGUCUUCCGUUAUCGCGGUACCACGAGAUGAGUCUGGACGAUAAGAACGAGGAGGAGUUUGCAUUAGACCCAGAAACCUAUUCGGAUUUAGUUAACAGCGAUGAUACCGUAGGAGAUACUGUCGUGUCUGCCAAUCACAGAUUAGGUGUCGACGAGGAUUAUACCAGCACGGAGAAGUAUGGAAUUAACGCGCAAGAAAUGAUUGUAACUACGGAGGCAGAUUGCACGAAUUACGAUAACACAACGGUGAUCGACAGCUCGAAGACCAACGUGAACAAAAGCACCGACCUUUCGAAGGAUAUAGAUAUUAUCGAAGGAUCUCCACGUUUCAGUCUUUUACGCUGAGAUUGAAUUAAAAAUAUAAUUAUUCGUGAUUCGUAAAAAAAGGACUAUCAAAUCUCUUAAUAAUUCAAUGCUCAAAACAUUCUAUUGUCACUUACAUACAAAUUUCACGUCCUUAGUUGAAUCAUCGAAAGAAUCUUUAUAUAUAAUGCAAUUGUUAUCGUAUUUUGAAAUAUAUUUUGUAAUUCUUCUACAUAAUGCUUUAAUUACAACUUCUUUAUUAGUGUUUAUUUUCAAAUUUUGAAAAUGUUAUAUUAUAUUAAUUUAGGAAAAUUAUUUUAUGCUGAAAGAGAAGCUAAAAACUUGCUUAUAAGAAUAUAGCUAGAAGAUAAUAUAAAGAUUUCAACUUUUAAUAAUCGCAUUGUCAAACUUUCAUUAAACCUAGAAUAGUGUUACGUCCAGUCUUAAGGGAUUAAAAUUUCUAUUUAAAUGGUUAGGAAGAUAUUUCAAAGGAAUGGAGAUAAGGCAGGGAAGGACAUAACGCAACGUAGAAUUCCCGUAGGCACGCAAAUUAAGAGAGGGUAGGUGCCUUAGGUCGAAUGCAUUUUUUGCGAACUGAGAAAUGUGAAUCAGCGUAGCGACAGACUGUUAUAACUCUGUUUUCCGAGUCGUGCGCUCGUAGAUCCAAAUUUCAAAGCGAAUUAAAUCACUUUAACUCGGGACCAGGUGCAAUCUUUGGCCAGAGGCAGCGACGUCAAACGGGCUGCUUUUUCUCGCGCGGCAUUAACUAGUGUUAUCAACAAUGUAUCACUUAUAUCAGUAGUGUGUCAAAUUUGUUGGCUUAUUUAUAUUUAUGCAUAUUAAAUUUUAGGAGUAAAAAACUAUUAAACGUAGAAUUAGAAUUUUCAAAACUUUAUAGCUAGAUGAAAGUCUUUUAAAGAAUGGUUGACUUGUUAUCCUUCAAGAAAUAAAGUACUUUGCAUGGCUUGCAAUACAGCAAUUAAUUGUAAAUCUGAUUUAAUUAGAGAUUUACAGAGGGUCAAACGUAUUUAAAAAGUAAAUCAUUACAUUUUUUAAACAAAUUAAUAAUCUUUUAAGAAAUUUUUUACGGGCGACCAGUAACACACCUUUUUGCCUAUGAAAGAUACGUCAUUAAAGCUGCGUUUAUCACGUAUAUGCGAAAAAAGGAAGCCCGCCUGGCAUUGCUGGUCAGAGGGAGAAAAGGUAAGUCGUUUAAAAAUUUAAAUAAAUAAUAAAGGUUUUAUUUAAAAUUAACAAAAUAUUUAUUUUAAUAACAUUUUUCUAAUGAAAAUACAAUUUAGAUGCUGAAGUCGUGAUUUGAAAAGUUGUAAUAACAGUAAAAUAAUCGGAUUUAAGACAAUUUAGUAAAUAUGUAAUUAAUUUUACAGAUAUACAAGUGUGUGGUGGGCAGAGAAAAAAAGCAGAAAGAUAUCAAUGAGUUGUAAAUCAUCUAUAACGGUCAAACAUCGGAUCUUAGUGAUGGAUAUGAUUCUUUCUCUAUUAAAUUUAUUUUUUUCAGCUUUAUUUUAAAUUGCGCGCCAACAGAAUUUAUCAGGCUUAAGACACAGUUAAUAAACUAAAUUUCGAUGCUUGAGAGCAUCUUAAAAUCCCCUCUUUCCCAUAUUUCCCAAAAAACUGUAAAUUAAUUUAAUUUGCGAAAAAUAAUACCUCAACCGGGGUUCGAACCCGGAUUUCUCGUUAUUCUGUGCGCGCGUCCUAGCCAAUUUGACCAUUGAGGUAUAUAAUAUUAUUCUUCACAAUAAUCAGUAUAUUUUAAAGCACGUCUUUUCAGCGACGUAUAAUAAUAAUUGUAGAGAAGGAUUUUUAAUUCUGUAAAUGCAAUUAAAAGUUUAGUGAGUAGGAAAAUUAUCGGUAAAACAGGACAACUUUAACAUUUUGUUAACUUGUACGCUAUCUAUCGCGCGGAAAGUAAUAGUACAAAUCCCCACCAUCUGUUCCGAGCGACGACGACGAUAACGACAAUAACAAUAACGACGACCGACGUUUCUUAAAAUAUUUUACUCUUGAUGCGAAACUUCAAAUUGCGAUAUCUUGGCUCGUAAUCGCGGAAAAAUAAAAACACUUUUAUUAUACAAAUUGGAUUCAAGCUAUUCACUAAAUCUAUUUAGAAAUUAAUCGAUUCAGCUGUUAUUGAGAUCCGAUAAUGCAAACGGCGUCUCGUGUAAAAAAGGCAGCGGGGUGGUGUCUCACUGCGUGUAUACUUAGCACGAGGCAUUACCAUGUCUUUUGAUACGCCAUACGUUGCACAUUGCAUCAUUGUAAUCAAUUGUAGCGCGUGAAAUUGUCCAAACAAAUCAAUUUUUAAGCAAAAAAUGCAAUUGUUUGAUCUUUA